UUAACAGAGUAAAUACUUUACUUUGAAUUAAUACACUGAACGUUGUUUGUGUUUAUUGAAUUGCCAUUCAGCCAUAAGCGUAAUCGCACAGUAAACAGCUGAGUGUGAGGCGCCAAAUGUGAACUGCAGCUUAACAGCAUUCAAGUGAAUGUUAUUUGUUAGAGUUCUUGUGAAAUUUCGUCGUCUUUGUUUUGUCCUUUUGAAAAUGUUUGUUUUGACCAAAAUUGGUGAUGAUAAGCAAAAGUUUAUGCUACCACCGAACAAAAAGGUUUAUACCAUUGGUCGCCUGUCUACCGAUUUGAUAUUGUCCGAGGAUCUGAGUAUUAGUCGCACUCAUGUACGCCUGUGCCUGCCCAUUGCUGACAACAAAAAACCACUUUCUGUAAUCGAUUUGGGCUCCAAGUACGGCACCUACAUCAAUAAUGACAUUGCACUCAACAAAAAGAUGCCGGCAAAGACCCUAACUCCACUUCAAGUGGGAGACAACAUUCGUUUCGGUGCAUUGAAAAACAUUUGGCAACUGUCGCAACUGCAGUUGACCACGACGCCCUCAUCACUCUCACGCAGCGAACUGGAGGAACUGCAGCAGCUGCUGCAACCGUUAGGCGCUUUCUUGUUGCCCAGUUGGACCAAUCAUUGCACGCAUCUGACUAUGGACAAUGUUUCAGUGACUGUCAAACUGUUGCAUGCACUGCUCGACAAUAAACCCAUCGUGAGUAUGGCCUUUUGGCGAGCUUUAGCCAAGUUUGUGCGUCGUCUCCACGUAUCUGAGGAUUGGCCACAGCCCGAGGAUUUUCCUCCAGCGCAGUCGGAGGAUAUGCCGAGCAUAAAAUGGAAUCCACAGCGUACUCAACUCUUUGCCCGAAAAACUGUCGUCUUUUGCAAUCGCAAACACUUUGACAUGUAUGCUCCAGUUGUGCUCAAAGCGGGCGGCACUUGCAAGGAUCUCAAUUCGGGAGUGCGUCGGCAGUUUCUAACGAAGGACGACGUCAUUGUCAUACAAUAUAUUCCUUCCACCCAAUCACAAGCAACCGAAACCAUUCACAGUGUUCAAGAAAUUCUGAAUCAAGCUGGACGUCGUCUGAUACCCGAUUAUGAAAUUGGUUUGGCCAUUUUGCACUGUUCGACACAUAAAUUUUGUAAUCCUGCCCAUACAAUCGUGGAAAACACGCUGGCCACAACAGAAUCGAUGGAUUCAUCGAUCUUGGUCUUGAAUACGGGGCGCACUGAAACUCAAGGAAACGCAAAUAAACAAACAGAUUUUGUUGUGGCGGAAUCCGAGAUUUAUGCGCCCAGCGAAAAUUCAGAUAAAACGGAGACACAAGCAGAGAAGUUGAAACAAACGGAUUCCGAGAAAUUCAAGUUAACAAAGAAAAACAAAAUGGUUUACUUAGAUUCCUCGGAUGAAGAGAAUGUUGAAGUUGAGGUUGAGGUAGAGGUAGAAGUUGAGCCAACUAAAAAUUCAGCUGUGCCGAAGCGCAAACGAGCUAUCAUUGUGGACUCAUCGGAUGAGGAGCAGCAGGCAGCAAGUCAAUCAAAGAAAAUAACCAAAACGUUGCCUGGGGACAAGUCCAAGCAACGUCACAAUCAGAAUGCUGCUGAAAAAGUAGAGUUAACUGUUGCAAGCAGACGUUCCACACGUUCUAAUCAAGUUCAGGAGCAAGAAGUCGAAAAAGAGAAGCCCACAACUUCAAGACGUUCCGCACGUUCCAAUCAAGUGCAGGAGCCGGAAGUGGAAGAAGAGCAGCCCACAACUUCAAGACGUUCCACGCGUUCUCAUCAAAUAGUGGAAGAGGAAGUGGAAAAGCAGAAGCCUACUUCAUCGCGUCGUUCCACACGUGGCAAUGAACCGCAGCCACAGGAAGUGGAGCAACCGAAAGCCACAACUUCAAGACGCUCCCCUCGAGGCAAACAGAGUCCAGCAAAAAAUAAAUUAACUGUACCACUGAUCGACGAAGACAGCGAUGACGAAGAGUCGCCCUUCCAAUUUAAAACAUCAAAUAAAGCAAGUCAGCAACAGUCGGAAAAAGUUAAAUUAACUGUGCCGCAAAUUGAUGAGGAUAGCGAUGAGGAAUCGAAUCCAUUUCAGUUCACAGAGAAGGCAACGGAGCCUGUUAAAGCCAACGUUCCUACAACCAAAAUUAGUGUGCGUAAUUUUCUUGAGAAAUCCCAAAAUCAUCCUGCGGCCAGUCAAAGUGUGGCUCCAGCUCUAACUGCAUCGCAACCUCGCAAGCGUUUGCGACUGGAAGUGCUUAACGAAAGCGACAGCGAUGAUAAUGACAAUCCGUUCAAAUUUGCCAGCAGCAGCAAGAAGAAAAAGGAAUCAUUUGGUGCCAGCAACAAUUCAGAUAAUGAAGGAGUCUUUAAUUUCAAAUCGAAUGCGCGUAACAAGGAGCAGAACAACAAUGCCAGUGAGAAUCCCGAAGAUUCAAUAAACACUGAGCCUUUCUCAAUCGAAACGAAAUCGAAAUCCAAGUAUAUUAUGCCCAAGCCCAAGGAAAGCAACCGCAAGAUCAACGUUAGUGGCUGGUUAACGUGUAGCGGGCUACACGAGGAUAUCAAGCCAAAAGCCGAAGUGGAAAUGGAAGCUGAAGCAUCUCAAGUGAAGGUGAAAGACGAGGACAUUGAUGAGAAGGUUGCGCACUUGAAAUGGAUAGCCAGCAUGAAGGACAGCAUUCAGAUUCGCAUGUGCAAUCUGAGCAUUACUGUGCGUUCCCAUGAUGAGACCCAAAGUUCAUUGGACACCACAGAUGCCAAAUACAGCGGUCGCAAGAAUUUUAAGAAGUUCAAAAAGACUACCAAUCUGCAUCCACAGCAACGUGUCGUGGAGCUAAGGCGAAUGCAGCUGGCCGAGGGCAUGGUCAAAGUCUUGUAAAAUUGUUAUAGUUUAUUGCCAAUAAAUUUACGAAAUAUGUUCAAA